UGCUGCAGCCUGGAAAGGACGUUCGCCCAAGCUGGAGAAGCCGGCUCUAAGCCUCUGUGCCGCGAUGGCCCCUAUGAGGGGCGCGUCCACGCCCCCAGGGCCCUCCGGAGGGCACCCCCGCCCCCACCACCCGCCCCGCGGAUUCGAGGGAGGCGCAGGACUCCGGGUUGCUGGGCAACCGCGUCAACAAGCCCCAGAGAGUCUGCGCUACACGGAGGUUCCACCGACCCAAGCAGGCAGCAAGGGGAGGAUGCCGCCGCCGGCGAAGGAGGCCGGGCGCCAGGCCCCGCAGGAGCAAGGCGGGAAGAGCGCACCCGGCGCGGGGCGGGGUGGGGGGGGCGCCAAGGCGGCGCCCGCGACGGAGCCCCGGAAGCCGGGCUGGGCCCUGACGCCGCAGGGGCUGGCGGCCUUGCUCCCCGCGCAGCGCCGCCGCCACCUGCUCUUCUGCGACCUGCUGGAGGACGUGGGCGCGGCCGCCUCCACCUUUCCGCACGGGUCGGCAGGGCCGGGGCACCGCAUGCCCGACCCGCGCACGUGGACGCAGCCGCUCGAGCUGCCCUCGGAGCGCCAGAACCUGCUCCUGGGCGUCCUCAAGGCGGCAGAGGCCCGCGGGCGAGUCCGCGCCCUGCGGCUGCGCUACGCCCGCAUGCGGGCCGAGGAGAUCGCGCUGCUCAUCCGGCAGCAGAAGUCCGCGCGCGCCUCCAUCCGGCUCGAGCUGUUACUGCCGCCACAGCUGAGGCCCACGCGGAUCCCGGAUCCCCUGGACCGCCAAGAGGUGCGGGCGAGCCCCAGUGAGGGCGGAGAGGGGGCCCCCGCCCGCCUCUGCACACACCCGGCCCCAGCCUGUCCCCCCGCAGCGGAGGCGCGUGGAGGCCAUCCUGGAGGAGAACGCGGACAGCAGCAUCUUCCCACGGUGACGGCGACCCAGAGCGUGCAACCCGCCCCAACCUCCCACAUAAAGUUACCAUUCUCCAAAGGCUCUCUGGUCUUUCUGCUCCGGCUCCCCAGAACCCCUGAGGGGAGCGGGGAGUAUGGGCGCUCCCUCUCCCGUGGAUCUCACAGACUUAUUUAGUGGGGAGAUGCAAGUGGCUGGGGUGAAAGUAACGGGUCACACACACCUACCCCCGAACCCGGCCUGCCCCACAGGCAACCUGGCGCUCUGCAGGUCCAUGGGAGGCCCCCAGUCUUGGGGACGAUGGAGAAAGAGCCUGUUUCAGCAGCAGUCACACCCCAGAAGUAAGGGCAGACUCGGGCUACAAUGGUCCCAGUGCAGGUCAUCCCACCCGGGGAGAGGGCGGUGCUGGGGGCAGCGAAGUGACCUAAGCUGGCCUUUGAAGAGGCACCAGCUGUGCCCAGAGGACCCAGAGACUGAGGAAGGGGAACCCCCUCUGGGAGGCCCCUGCUGCCCUAGAGAAAAAAUCUCACCCUCUGGUCUUUUUUCCCAUCCUGAAUAGCCUCCUGUGAUCCCCUUAAUGCCCUGCACCUCUGCCUCUGCCCCUCCACUUCUCUCUCUCUCUCUCUUUCUCUCUCUCUCUCUCUCUCUCUCUCAAAAGGAAACCACCCAUGUCCCAUUCUGACAAACAGGCCCAGGACCUACAAAAUCCCUGGACUCUGAAAAGCCCCCAGGUUUCUGGGCAGACCUUACUCUCCUCCCUGACAUGGGCUCUUUGCAGAAGCUGGGGCUUCCCUAGGCCUUGACCCAAGCCCAGAUUGUACACAGAGCUCAGAAGUCAGCUGACAAGGAAGAGAGACAUGUCAGGAGGGGGUUCAGGAAGGGAAGGGGAAAGAGGAAGGAGGCCAGGGAGAAGGGGCUUGUGCAGGGCAGACAGGGAAGGGGAGGCCAUCUCUGUCCAGGAGUGGCAACCGCUCACAUCCUGAUGUGCUUGUGGCAUAUGGUGACAUCAGCCCUGGUGUCCUCUGGCCAAACUCCCUGCAGCCUGGACCCCAGGAUUCUGUCUCGGAGACUGACUGAGUGGGUAGAAUGAGUUCAUCUAGGAGAAUCACAUAUUAUCUCAUUACUUCUCUGAGACUCAAUUUCUUCAUCUUUUAGAUCAGGGUCUUGGUGCAGUGCUCCACACGCAGCAAGCGCUCCAGAGGGGACGGGUCACUCUGCAUCAGAUAGGCACCAAGGAAAGAGAGGCAGAGACAGACACAGAAAGCCCAGCACCCUGCAAAGGCCAGCAAGGCAGGACCUCAGUAACUGCUUCAGGGUCAGACCGGCACACAGGCCCUCUGAUCCCCAUGAAAGGAGGGGGUUAGGUGUGCAAAGGAGCUAGGGAAUGGGGCCCAGGACAUUUCUGCAGGGCCCAGGGGGACUCCUGCCUGUAGAAAGCUCUGUGGGGAAGGAAGGCAUGUGGGCCAAGAUCCAAUAUAUUGGGGGACUGUGAGGGCGCAGAGGGUCCUGGGUUCAAAUCCCACCUGCAUCAUCAACUGCCCAGCUCACCUGACUCCACGCAUGGACUUCAGGGAUGCUCUGUGCAGAAGCCACGGGAAUGGAGAGCAAACCCAAGGGACCAGAGGAGAUGGGGCGGUGAUGGGGGAAUUGCAAAGUAACCCAAGGGCACAGGGUGGGCACUGACCUUCAUCCACUGCCAGCUACCCACACCUGCAUUUCCCCACAGCGGAGACAACAGGCCGACCGGCUGGGCGGGGUCAGCCUGGUUGUGUGGCCUGGACCAGGUGCUGGCCCAUCUUCAUUGAGCCUCCCUGACCUCACCUGUGCCCACCUCUCAGGAGUGUUACCUGGGCUGAAUAAGAAGCAGCCUGUCUCUUGUCCUCAUGGGGUUCCUGGCCCCUGCCUUGCCUGGCCUGGCCUGACAACAUGGCAGCUACAGGGUUCUGAGGUCAAGUCGGCCAGGGCUCUGGGCACGGCUUCGAGAGGCAGCCUGUCCUCCAGCGCCCUCUUGCCUCUGGCCUCCCGCUCCAGGCUCCCGCCCAACCCAGCAGCCCAGCGCCCUCCCCUCCUCAGUGCUCCUGCCUCUCGCCCAGGCUUUUCCUGCCUGCCCCCCACAACUCACCUGUGCCCCCAGCAGCAGAUCCAGGCUGAUCCGUGUUGCUGGCUUCUGGUCCCACAGCCUGGCCCACAGGGACUUGCAGAUACUGAUCCUUGUCCGUUGAAUUAGGUGCACAAGCAAGAUCUCCAGCUCCCUUUCCAGGCCUCAGAGUUCUGUGAAGGUGUACCCCUGACUCGUGCAAUUGGAAUGCAUUUUUUGGGCGGCCCCCGACACUGGAGGUGUCCCGGCCAAGUGCUUGGGUAGGACGGGAGCUGCACACGGGGGAGGGGGGCACAGAUGUUCUGCAGGCGGCUCCAGAGCAGGGUCAGGGCCGCCUGACACAGCAUGCUGGGACGAGAAGCCUGACCCGGGCUGCACCGAGUCACAAAGGAGGCGAAGGGUCAGCCGAAGGGACAGGGCAUUCGUGGCAAAGGGGGCGGUGUGGCUUUAAGCUUCAGGACGUCCUGGGAUACGCGGGUCAGCAGGGACUCUGCCAGGCCCCACAGAGUACUCAGUGUGACUGCGGAUGCAAGAGCCGCGCCCCCAGUUCCCCAGCCCCGCAGCUCAGGCAUCUCCCGCUUCCGCGAGAAGCCCCCACAGCGCGAAAGGCUCUUC